AUGGCAUUUCUCCGUCGCAUCUCGGACAGCAUCYGGAACUAUGUCUCACCAAGCAAGAGCGAUAAUGAGCAUCUGCCUACUCCCAGGAGCGAGCCAGUGUUCAAAGUACCGGCCAUUCCCCACCGUCGCACAUCAAUGCGGGAUAUGACCACCACUGCGCGGUCCAUGAGCCCACACGAACGAGUUGGAUCCUGGCAAAUUCGCUCUCCUUCUAGUCAAAGCAGCUCGGUUGUCAGCCAAUCCAAGAGAAAGAGACGUUCCACCCCAAGCCCCAGUGCUCGCCGCCGUCGCACGAGGCAGAGACUCAACGACGACAACGCCGAAGUUGGAGAUGAUGACGAAUCUCUCAUGAAUGAUGAAAUCUCCUUCAACGACGGAUCAGACCAUCAAGGAACUGAAUAUGCGGCAAGCGAUACGCCAGUGCGACGUCGAAUUCGUCGUCGCGGACGCACCCCUCUCUCAGCCGACCCCGAGGACGACCUCUCCAUGAACACCAGUCUCAUCAUCGAAGAUGAAUACGCCGACCCUCCUGACCGCCGUGUCGCUCCUCUGCCUGAGCAGCAUAGAAUGCGAGACAUAUCAGAUGACGCACUACGCGGUCAGGGGUGGGACGACGACUACAUCACUCUGGUGCAGAAGAUCGCUCUCCGUGGUUACGAGCCUCUCCUUCCAUCAUACUUCAAAUUCGACUUCCGCUGGUUACCAGCUGAGUUAUUCGAAGCCAGCGACGACGGCUUCAUCGGCAGCGUACAAGGCCGCCACUUCAGAGCAAGCAAAGCAUUGGGUCUGUUGUUCCAAUUAGGAGGUCAUAUUCGCGACCGCAUCGAGUAUCCUGGCAGGAUUUCCCCAGAGCGACAAAUGCGCMGCCAGCUUCGAGCAUUCAACGAUUGGGUGCAGAAGGACGCAGGACUUGACCAACGGACCGCCAUUCCAGUCCUCACUCUCAAGUUUCAACCUGCAAACACCGAUCCCGCGAUCCUCAUCGACAAUGCAACGCAAAAGUGCCGCCGUAUCGCGGCUCAAUAUCGCGAAGCACUUCAAGUCCAACGCUCAGUGGAGCUCUCUCCUGAAGGUUCCAUGCACACAUUACUGUCUUACCCACUGCCGACGAUCUAUGCGAUUAUCGGAUCUGGAGCGAAGCUAGCUCUGAUGGCGUAUGAUCCAAAGAAAGGCCCGGAAGAAGUCUGCGAACCAAUCGCUUUCUUCGAUUUCGACGAUGUGGGCUAUGAUGUGUGGAACUCCCUGGCGUUGGGCAUUGCCAUCUGUCAUGCGAGGAACGUGCAGAUGGUUAUUGCUGAGGAGACUGGAAUUGGUGCAAGACUGCCCGAGGUUGAUGAUGAAAUKGAUAUGGUGAUUGAUGAUCCCGAUGCUUAG